CAAACGGGGGAGAGUCCCGGAUGUUGGCUCGGCCGCCGAGAGAAAGGCGAACGGGAGAAGGCGGAGAGAAGCUGAGGAGGGACGCCACGGCACCGCAGGCACACCGGCGAAGCUACGGCUCUUUGCACAGGACGAUAACGUCAAGAGCACAAGACACUCCCGGGGAGGGGGACCCGCUAUCCGAAGAAGAGGAGGUGGAAGGAAGGGGAGACAGUUACUCUGAAACUACCGUGAGGAUUACAGAGAGCCGCCGUCACAGCAGCUUUCACCCAGAAGUUGACUGACAGAAGACGCUAUGCUGAUGUCCUGAGCUGAGGGAGCCCUGACUUCAUCCCCACUCGUCUUCGUUUGUUAUUCCACACCUGGCCCACUCUCCGUCAGUCAGCAAGCACCAACCGCGACCACCACCACCUCCACCUUUUCCCCACCCCCUCCUGCCCAGCCUGCCGUCACCAUGACGUCGGAGCUGGAGAGCAGCCUGACCUCCAUGGAUUGGCUCCCUCAGCUGACCAUGCAGGCAGCCAUCCGCAAGGCUGAUGCCCAGAAUGCACAUGGGCCAGGGAUGGGCAAGAAGAGUACUCUACUGGAUCCUAACACCACGCUGGAUCAGGAAGAGGUGCAGCAGCACAAGGACGGCAAGCCGCCCUACAGCUACGCCAGCCUUAUCACGUUCGCUAUCAACAGCUCACCAAAGAAGAAGAUGACGCUGAGCGAAAUCUACCAGUGGAUCUGUGAUAACUUUCCCUACUACAGGGAGGCGGGCAGUGGCUGGAAGAACUCAAUACGGCACAAUCUGUCAUUGAACAAGUGUUUUCUCAAAGUGCCUCGCUCCAAAGAUGACCCGGGAAAGGGCUCUUACUGGGCCAUCGACACCAACCCAAAAGAGGACGCGUUGCCCACACGGCCAAAGAAGAGGCCGCGGUCUGGAGAACGGGCUUCCACGCCGUACAGCCUGGAGUCAGAAUCUUUGGGGAUGGAGUGUAUGAUCUCUGGAAGUGCCUCUCCAACGCUGGCAAUCAACACUGUGACUAACAAGGUGGCGUUAUACAACACAGACCAGGAAGGGAGCGAUAGUCCAAGAAGCAGCCUUAACAACAGCCUGUCUGAUCAGAGUCUGGCCUCUGUCAAUCUCAACAGCGUGGGCAGUGUGCACAGCUAUACACCGGUGACCAGUCACCCAGAGCCUGUGUCCCAGUCUAUGAGCCUCCAGCAGCCUCCCCAGUCCCAGUACAACAUGCCAGACAGGGACAAGCAGCUCCUCUUUUCAGAAUUUGAAGAUCUCAGUGCCUCCUUCCGCAGCCUUUACAAGUCUGUUUUUGAGCAGUCCUUCAGCCAACAAGGUCUGAUGGGCAUACCGUCAGAUUCCUCCCAGCAGACCCACACCUCCUGCUCAUAUCAGCACUCCCCCAGUGGCACCAUUAGCACUCAGAACAGUCUGUCAAACAACCAACCCAACAACCACCCCAACAGCCACUCCGCCAACAGUGGCCAAGUGCCCCUGUCCCAUCCUGCCCAAGCCCACCCUGGCCACGGCUCCCCCCACGCACAGCACCUCCCGCAGCACGGCGGACCCCACAACCAACACAACCAACACAGCCAGCACGCCCAGCACAGCCAACACAGUCAGCACCCACAGCACCAACAGCACUCCCAGCACCCCCAGCACGGUGCGCACUCCCAGCACGGGCAGCACCCGUCGCAGCACCCAUCCCACGGCCAGCACCCGCAGCAACACACGCCACACCCCUCCCAACACACGCAGCACAGCCAGCACCCUCCUCAACACGGACAGCAGCACCAGAGCCUCUCCCACCAGCCCCAUCCCACCCAGCAACAGAUGGCCUGCAACACAGGUUUACUGUCUGACUGGUACCCAAAUCUGGAUGCACUGAAAGAAAGCUGUCGUAUUGCUAGCAGCUAUAACUGGGCUGAUGUCGACCUUUCACCUUUCCAAGGAUUGAGAGAGAGUAUGAGACAAGCAGAGUUGAACAAUUGGUCUCUGGAACCCACCCAGAUCGCAGACCUCUGCUCAUCCAUCAACCAGUUUUUUGCCCGCACCGGUGUAAUCCAGCCACAAGGGGCAGUGCAGUCUCCUGUUUGCCAUGGCUCCAUGCACACCAACAAACCCAGCCAGCACCUCAACACAGGAAAUCUCUACAUGGACUCUAGACAGAGCAUGUCCAUGAUGGGUCCUCCAGGAUAUCCCCACAUGCCCACCAUGAGCAGUGCAGGACCCACUAUGACAGCACAUCAUGCACAGAUGAACCAGCAGCACAUGAUACCUACCAGAAACUUCCAGAUGCAUCGCAUGCCAGCUGACGACAUCCAGGAUGAUUUUGAUUGGGACUCCAUCGUCUAGCCCCUAGACCUCCGUUUUUGCAAACAAAUGGGAGCGAGGAGAGGAGGUGGAAGCCGGAGGAAGCCAGGCUGAGCUGAAAGGCCGCAGGUGGAGAAGGCCACUGUGGGUGGGAUGCAGAAGAACAUUUGACAAGCUUUGGAGAAAUACAGACUUCAGAGUCCUGACAAUUUUACAAAAGCAAAACAUAACUAGAAGAUGUUACUUUGAAGACAAUCAUAUUUAGUCGGACAUGUCAAAGUGAUUGCUUACAAACUUGUCCAGAGACAAGUAGAACACAUUCACGUCUAAACCACAUGCUCCUCAGCUCUUCAGCCAGCCCUCUCCCCGUCCCUAGCGAGCAGCCUUCCAAAGUCCGAACCCCUCUCCCCCCCAAACCCCCUGCUCUGUAACUGUUAUGUGAUUUGAGCGACGUGUUCAGCUUGUAAUUCUCGUGUUGACAUUGGCAUCAGCUGCCUCUUGGAUGAGUUUAUCUCUUUUUUUAAAAUUUGUUUAGGUUUUUUUGUUUGUUUUUUGUUUUUUUUAAGAAACACAGGCCGUCUCUGUGAGUAAUGUGAUGGUGCUCGUUGAUCACUUUUGGGAGAAAGUGGGCCCCUCUGUGGCUGAAUUGGCGGUAAAGUUAGGUUUACAAAAACUGAGGUUUUGAACAGGGUGUUAAAUGUUUAAGCAGGUUUGAUAUUCAACAAACCGGAAGCAAGAAAGGGAGCGUGAGAGAUCACGGAAAGUCUCGUGGUCCGCUUCUUUAGCCAAACAAUGUGAUCAGACUCGCCGUGAUAGACCAGGUAUCGUAGUAAAGCAACUUUCUUUCUUAGUUCUCUGUCUCAAGCACUUAAAGAUGAAUGAAUUUGAUGAGAGAGAGCAGAAGAUGAUCGCAGGGAAGUCAGACAUUUGAGUCUUUAAAAAUUCUUCCAACCCAAAGUAGCCUGAGGUUUAGGUUCUCCAUGUGCGUCAUGUGGCUGAUAUUUGCUCCACCAAUCACAAGUUCAUGAGUUUUAGAUAAUAUGCCUAUUGAUCAUUAAACAAGACUUGAUCAUUCAAUAACAGUGAAGUAAUCUGCAAUAGCGUCUGACGAAAAUAUGGGCAAGAGGGUAUUUCUCAAUCUUAUCUGAUUACCGGUUGUUAUUGGUAUCGAUAUUGAAAUAUAUGUUGGCCUAUAAAUAACAAAUAAAUGUCAAAGAUAUGUUUGAGGUCAUUGAGGCAUUGUGUUCCAAAAACACACUUUCUUUGGAAAGUUGUAAACUCAGAAUUGUCUGACUGAGUGUCUUAAUUCGUUAUAAACACAAAUUAGACAGUGAAAUGUUGGUUGUUUAUGUAAGUAAUAUACAAUAUCAACUUUAAACUCAAGUGUCAAAUUGGCCUCAAAAUGCCAAUUUUAGUUCAGACUCUAGUGUGCAGAGGAUAUUUUUCAAUGCAGUUGUUGAAGUCAGGAGGGUUCAGAUUUAUUGAAUGAACAUUUUAGGAGAUGUUUCUUCACCUUUAGUUUGUUGAGAACAUCGUAAAUAAGAAGCACACAUCACGCACUGUUAGCCUCGGUCAUCAUGAAGACACGGGGGGAAACGAGUAGCUCAGCUCUGCCCAAAAGAAACAUGUGUGAUUUAGACUUUGAUUAAUGAUCAAUAGAUUUCACAAUACUUAUUGAACUUUUUCUUUACAGUGGUCAAAAAUCGGCCUCGUUUUUUACUGCAAGUUUCUUUUCAAGAACGAGUUGCAGCCAAAUUUUUCCGCUUAUGUACAUCAAAGCUUUUGAUGCUGCAUGCAGUGUUUAUUGUCACUUCUGACAUUGAAAUUAUGGAGAUAUGAUUCUUUCUUCUUUUUUUUUUAAACUGCCCAAUGUUUUGUUGUGAUAGAUAGCGUAAGAUUUUGCUAUUAUACAAUCAUAACAGAAUGAGAAAUGUGACUCAUUAUACAGUACAUGCAGUGUGUGUGCGUGUCGGUUGAACAUAUGGCGUGUGUGUGUUUCGGUUUUAUUGUAAUUUUAGGGCUAUGAUUGAUUGCUGCAAUCAUCUCUAUGCUAUCUAUGAGCACAAAAGCAGAUGCACACAGUGAUUAAAGACUAGAUUUGCGUUUUCGUGGAAAGGGUUUCUCAAAGCACAGAACAGGGAGAUCAGCGGUUCUGGAAACCUGUCCUCUGUGUCCUGUAACAAGUGGCUCGUCAAUCAGACAGGUGCUGAACUUUAGAGACACUAUGUUCAAGAAAAAAAAAGCCCUUUGCACACCUAUGCUUUUGUUUACUUAUCCAUUUUAAAAUGCAAAGCACCUCCUGGGUCUAGAAAGCUAAUCGCACCUAUUAAUUCCGUUUUUCAUCCUCUUAUUCAUCAUUUCACUCACAUGUAGACUGUCUGAUGUUUGGAUGCAUUGUCCACAGCUGACGAUGAGCAGGAUGACUUCUCUCUGUCAUAUCGCUGAACUGUGUAUGGUGCUCUGCAUCUAUGACACCGUGUGUCUUUGUUUAAAGGAACAGUUCAAUAUUUUGGGAAAUGUCUGCUUAUUGGCUCUAAGACAGUUAGAUGAGAAACUGAAGUCGCUCUCAUGUCUGCGUGGUAAAUAUGAGGCUUAUUGUAAAGACUGCAAACAUCUAAACCGUCCAAAUCUGCCUGCCAGACGUGUGAAGCUCAUUAAUUAACACAUUAUAUUCUCAAUUUAUGUGCAGUUUAUGGUCUCAUUUUGUGGAGUAAUGCUGCCUGUUCUUGUAAACAUGGACAGCAAGUGCCAGCCUGCACUGUUUACAUGUACUACAAUUAGCUCUAAAAUGACCUGUAAAAAUGAUUUUAAAAAAGCUUUCUUUGCUAGUCCUGCUGUGAAAGGGUGGAUUUAUUCGCUUGUCACCUUUCCGUUAGUGUCGCUUCCCUUCAGUUGUCCGGUGCAUUCUCACACGAUCAACUUUUUUGCUCACAAUUCAUCUGCCUCGGGUUUCACACAAGUAAUGUCAUUCGUUACUGAUGAAAUAUGUCAUAUAUAUUUGAUGAAAUGUAUAUCAUAUUUUCAUCUAAAAUCAGUAAUGUAGACAAUAAAGUAAAAAAUAAGAAUAAAAGGUGGUUUGUGAGCUACAGCUGAAAGUGAUACAGCAGAGAAAAGUGUGGCCUGAAGCUAACUUCAAACUAAAAAGACCCAAACCUUACAGAAUCCCAUUUGUUCAGUAAAUAUGUUUUAAUCAUAGGUGAGCUGAAUAGGUGAGAAUAAACCGAACAGUGUUUCCAGUCUUUGCGCUAAGCUAGCAGCCUCCCAGCUGUGGCUUCAUGUUUAUGAUUCAGACAUAAGAGAGGCAUUAAUCCCUUCAUCUAAAUCUCAGCAAGGAAGCUAAAGAUUUUUUAAAAAUUGCCCCAAAAUUUCAAACGAUUUCUUUUAGAAAAAUUAGCUGCUAGGGACUCCAGCAGUUGGGCGCAGUUUUGAUUUCAUAUUUUGGAUGACAAUCAUGGAUUCUGUAUGAUUUUAUGAUGCUUUGUGUUGGUGAGAAAAGGCACUUUUGAGUCUCACAUGGUUGUUUGUUUUUUUGGACGUUAUUGAACCAUAUUUCUGAACACAUAGGAGCUUAUUUGGAACUAUAACCAGCCCGGUGUUAUACUGUAGAUCUUCUGUUGAACUGUCCAGAGCUGCACUGUGCAGAAGAAGCCGAGUUCUCUUCUUUGAAGUAACGAUACUGCCGUUCAUUUUUAUAUUUUCAGCUACUUCUUGUUCUUUUUCUUCCUUUUUAAAUCUCUGCCAAUCACAUCUGUCCACUUCUGCUUCUUUUUCUUGCCAUGUGUUGUUUGUCUGUGUGUAUGUGGAAGAUUGCCUCACCUGUGGACGUCAGCAGUGACUUUUUAGGUUUUGCUCAACUGCCAGGAUUUAAUUUUUAGCGCUCAGACGGGAUACUUAGUGAGCCGAGUUAACCAAAUUGUGACUUUUGGGUGAGUGCGGGCCAGAGGACUGCAACCGAAGACGGCAGCGAAUAAAGGAGAAUCGGUGUGUGUGUGUGUGUGUGUGUGUGUGUGUUAAUGAGGACUCUAAGGAGCUGAAACAGAGAACAACCCGCGAGUCCUCGGCUGGUGUGAGGAAGGUGAAGUGUUCCCGCUCUUCCAGGUGAAGACUGUGAACACAAAAGCUACUAUAAGAGCACAUCAGCCCACAGGUAAAACGCAAACAGAUGUGGCUAAAAAGGGAAAAAAAAGGUGAAGACAAUGACUGGAUCACAAUCACGGUUUUACGUUAUGUCUCUGUGUGUGUGUGUGUGUGUGUGUGUGUGUCUGUGUCUGUCUGCUUGUGGGAGUUUAAGUUCUUUUUUUGUUUUCUCAGAUGACAAUUUAAGGUUUUAAAUACCGCUGAACAUGUACCUGCCAGAGAGAUUAUUAUUAUUAUUGGGGGAAAAAAAAGCUAAAAAAAAAAAAUCCUUGUUACAAAAUGGGAGAGAACUGCCAACAUCUACUGCUGAUUGGGGCCUAUUUUAUUCAGUGCUGGUGUGUUGUUGUGCUUGUACAUAUAUGUCUUUUCAAUCAUCCCUUUUUUUCCUCUUGGGGGUGGGGUAUCAUGGCAGAGGGUGGGUCUUAUUCACGAAAGAGAGGAGGGGGAAAAGAAUAGAGUAUUUUGUUAUUGUCCAAUCAGAGGGUGACAGUAUGUAUAUAUCUAUAUUGUAUAUAUGUGAUGAAAAUGCGUUGGCUUUUUGUGUGACACUACCUUUUACCUGUACUAUGGUUCUACAUUCAGUGUUUCAGUGUUGAUAAUAUAUAUUUGGUUUGUGUUUUAUUUUUCAGUUUGUUUGUUUGUUUUUUUUAUUUUGUCUUUGUCAUUUCUUGUAAUUUUUUUCUCCUAUUUGUCCUCUUUUCUUUUGUUGUUUAUUGCACGGUUUAUUACUUUUGUUGUCCAAUGAGGUGACACAGCUACUCUUUGUAUUCGUUUAGUGCUGUAAAAUAACUCAAGUGUUAUUAGAAUUGUCGAUACCACCGCCCACCCCACCCCCUUCCCCAAUAUGCAUGAAUGGCACUUAAAGAAAUAAAAUAUGAUAACUUCA